CGGCGGCGGCCGAAGAAGCGGCCAUGCAGCGUGAGCUGCUCCCGCCCGCGGGUCGCCGGCCAGACGUGCUCUUCAAGGCGCCGGAGCCGGUGUGCGCCGCGCCCGGGCCGCCACACGGCCCCGCAAGCGCCGCCUCCAACUUCUACAGCGCGGUGGGUCGCAAUGGCAUCCUGCCCCAGGGCUUCGACCAGUUCUACGAGGCGGCGCCCGGGCCCCCAUUCGCCGGGCCGCAACCCCCGCCGCCGCCCGUGCCGCCGCAGCCCGAGGGCGCUGCUGACAAGGGCGACCCCAAGUCCGGGGCUAGUGGAACCGGGGGCAGUCCCUGCGCCAAGGCGACCCCCGGCUCGGAGCCCAAGGGGGCAGCGGAAGGUGCUGGCGGCGACGGCGAGGGCCCCCCGGGGGAGGCGGGGGCCGAGAAGAGCAGCGGCGCAGUGGCCCCUCAGAGAUCCCGGAAAAAGCGCUGUCCCUACACCAAGUACCAGAUCCGCGAACUGGAACGCGAGUUUUUCUUUAACGUAUACAUAAACAAAGAGAAAAGACUCCAACUCUCUCGGAUGCUCAACCUCACUGACCGGCAAGUCAAAAUCUGGUUCCAGAAUCGCAGGAUGAAAGAAAAGAAACUGAACAGAGACCGUCUGCAGUAUUUCACUGGAAACCCCUUAUUUUGAGAGCUCCAGGAAGCGCCCCCUCCCCCGAUCCCCACUCACCCACCCUUCUUUCCCCACUAGCCUGCCCUCCGCAGGCCCAAUGUCCUUGGGUUUAAUGACGCCUCUUCUCUGUGGAACUUCACGAUUCCUUCUCACGGUCAACUCGGGACCUCCCAGCGACCACUGCAGCCUGAGGACGAGGCCGAGGACUUGGCCGAGCGGAUCCUAAUAAGGGGAAAAUGGUAAAUUCAAACGUCCCUUUACAAUUUUACCGCCAAUGUGCUGUUGUUCCUUUUACCACCUCUGAGUCCUCGUGGGGACGCGGCGGGAUCUGUGUGGGGAGUUAGGCCACGGAGCUAGAAGGCGCUGGUGUUUUGUUCUGAGCUUAAGUGAUCCCUUUCUUCAUCCUAGGUGAACGCAGAUUAUUUAAACUCUGGGGAAAUGUACCUUUGGUCUGUCAUAUCAAGGCAUGAGUCACUGUCUUUUUGUGUGUGAAUAAAUGGUUUCUAGUAAAAUGGAGGUUACAGCUUCAAUACACUGCAUGAAUUUUCCUCUUUAAAGAAGUUAGUGACUGAUUAGGAUUAUUUUAGUGGCCAGAGCCCUCUCUUCCAUGCAACUGAAAAUCAUCGGGUGAAAU